CGACGGUUCAUUUCCGAACGUUAACGAUGGCCGAUACGUCCACCCCUGCUGCCACCACCGCGGCCGCCGCCGCCACCCCUACCCCCGCCGACGUGCCAAUCGCGUCAUCCGGUCCGUCCAUUCCUGCGGCUCCACCAGUUUCUGCUUCAUCGGUCUUGAACCUCCACUCCCCCUUAACCGUUGGCCCAUCGUUGACUCUGGCAAACCGCAUCUUUCUCGCGCCGCUCACUCGCUGCCGCGCAACAGCUACCCACGUUCCCACCGACCUCAUGACGGAGUAUUACACCCAGCGCGCGUCGGCCGGGCUAAUCAUCACCGAGUGCACGCUGAUCGCGCCGCUGACGUCGGCCUUUGGGACCGAGCCGGGUAUCUUCACCCCUGACCAAGUCGACAGCUGGAAACGCAUCACGGACGCAGUGCACUCGAAGGGCGGCAAGAUCUUUAUGCAGAUCUGGCACGCAGGUCGGGCGGCGCACCCAGCCUUCAACGACGGCGCGGGCACGAUCGGGGCCUCCCCCCACGCCAUCGACGGCGAAGUUCACACCGCCACCGGCAAACAGCCCCACGCAGUGCCCCAGGAGAUUGCCAUUGCUGACAUCCCCCAUAUUGUGGCGCUGUACUCGGCGGCGGCCACGGCGGCAGUGGCCAAAGCUGGCUUUGACGGGGUCGAAGUACAUGCAGCGAAUGGGUACUUGAUCGACCAAUUCCUUCGCGACGGGUCGAAUAAACGAACGGAUGGCUACGGGGGAUCGCUGGAGAACCGGACCAAGUUUCUAUCGGACGUGCUGGAAGCGGUGACCAAGGCCGUCGGGGCGGAAAAAGUCGGCGUUCGGUUUUCGCCCCUCAACAGUUACAACUCGAUGGCCGACUCCAACCCCGAAGCCUUGAGUGAGCAACUUGCUAAGAUUAGCCAGCACUUCAACCUCGCGUAUGUGCAUGUGAUGCGCGCCGACUUUUUUCAAGCUCAAAAGGGAGAUAUCGUACCGAUUUUCCGUCAACAUUUCAAGAAUGUGCUGAUUGUCAACAUGGGCUACACCAAGGACGAAGGCAACGACGUGAUUGCCAAAGGCCUGGCGGACGCCGUGGCGUUCGGAACGACCUUUUUGGCCAAUCCGGACUUACCCGCCCGGUUUGAAAAAGGCGCGGAACUCAACGCCCCCGACCCGGCGACGUUUUACGCUGGCGGACCCAAGGGGUACACGGACUACCCGGCCUUGUCAUAAGGAGGAGGCGAGUGUAUGUUUUAUCCCCACGAGGCAGGGAUUGCGUAUGAGUUCAAUAACACCGAAAAUAUACAUUGUGUAAGCC